GGACCGGGCUGACGGGGGUGCUUGCCGGGGCCCGCCAUGAGCCAGCCAGCGGGGAGGGGCAGCGCCGCCCUGGAGGUGAGAUUCGUGCCCGACGAGGACGUCCUGAAGCACAUCGCUGACGACGCAGGUGUUAAAGUUCGGAAGGAUAAGACUCAACUGACAGUCAAUGCAAAAAAAUUUGUGAAAACACUUGAAAACAUCUCAGAUGAUGAAGCUCAGGAGAUCCUGGAAGAGAAGUCUUACGUUGCUGUUCUUGGAAUAUGUGCCCAAGAUACAAUGGGAAAUGGCUCAGGUGUAGGUGGUGGUGAAGUUUACUCAUUCCAGACUCCAAAACGCUCCGGCAAAAUGGCAGAGCUGGCCUCUGAAUUAGCCCGGACACCAGGACAGAGUGUGGCUCCUGAUCGCACUGAGUGCCCUGAGAAGACUGUCAAAUCCCCUCAAAGCAGCAAACAUUUGAAUUCAAACAAAGUGCAGCAGAAGAGUAAAAAGAAUGAAUUUGUGUCCACCACACCUUACAGACUCAGGAGGAGGCUAGCAGCUCCAGACACUCAUUUAGAAAGUGAGAGUGAAUAUUCUGCUUCCUGCUCGGAGGAGGAGGAGGAGGAGGAAGAGGAGGAACAGAAAGAAGCCAACACUGUUGUAUCAGGCCGAAAGACCCCUGCAAAAACUAAGACUGCAUCUACACCUCUUCUCAAAAAAACCUUAUCCAAAAAAAUGAAGGAUGACAAGAUGAGCAACCUGGUGGAGGAAUACUUUGAAGCGCACAGUAGUUCCAAAGUGCUCACCUCGGACCGAACCCUGCAGAAACUGCAGAGAAGAAGGCUAAAUCAGGAAACACUGCGCGACCUCUUGAAAAAAGCUCCCCUUGCCUUUGCUGCUGAAAUCAAAGAGCUGAACCAACAGCAUGAGUCUCUGUUUUCCAAGUGGAUGCUGCAGUUACACUUGGGUUUCAAUAUCAUGCUCUAUGGACUGGGCUCAAAGCGGGAUUUGCUGGAAAAGUUUCGUACCUCUGUGCUCCGGGAUUCUGUUCACCUUGUGGUUAAUGGAUACUUCCCCAGCAUCACUGUGAGAUCAAUUUUGAACUCCAUCACAGAGGAAGUACUGGAGCAUAUUGGGACAUUCCGUAGCCCCCUUGACCAACUUGAAUUCAUCAUGAAAAGGUUUAAAGAAGAUUCCUCUUUAGAGCUCUAUGUCCUCAUUCAUAACCUGGACAGCCAGAUGUUGAGAGGAGAAAGAAGUCAGCAGAUCCUUGCACAGUUAUCUUCUCUGCCUAGCAUUUACCUCAUUGCCUCUAUCGAUCACAUCAAUGCUCCUCUGAUGUGGGAUCAGGCAAAGCAAAGCCUCUACAACUGGCUUUGGUAUGAAACAACCACAUUUAGUCCUUAUGUGGAAGAAACCUCCUACGAGAACUCGCUUUUAGUACAGCAGUCUGGAUCUUUGGCUUUGAGCUCCUUAACACACGUCCUGCGCAGUCUCACUCCCAAUGCCAGGGGGAUAUUCAGAUUGCUUGCACAGUACCAGCUGGAAAACAAGGACAACCCAUGUUACCCAGGGCUCUCUUUCCAAGACUUCUACCAGCAGUGUCGGGAGGCAUUCCUCGUGAACAGUGACCUAACACUGAGGGCACAGCUGACAGAAUUCAGGGACCACAAGCUCAUCCGGACCAAGCGGGGACCUGAUGGUGUGGAAUACUUAUUAAUUCCUGUAGAUGACAGUACCUUGACUGACUUCUUAGAGAAAGAAGAUGAAGAUGUAUAAUGUCUCUCUGUUCCCAAAGCAUCUAUGGCAACUGCUUUCAAGGGCUGCUGGAGAGGGACCUAUACUCAGAUCUCUCUCCCUCCAACCCCAAAGCUGCUGGACUGCUUACUGAAAUGUAAUUAUUUUUUCAUGGUCAUUGUUCAGCUACUUCAGAUAGUUCAGAACAAUGAUUUCUGUAAGCAGGGCAUCUCUUGCUCUGUAGUUAGAUUUGUCUGCUUUGUCUGUUAGCUCAGAUGAGGCCUUCUUCAUAUCUAUGCAGCCAACCUUACAGUCAAGAAAAUUCAGUAAGAUUGUGCCAUCUGCUCAUUGCUUCACCGGACAUGAGGGUUUUGCUGGAGGAGUUCACCUGGGAAGUGCAAACCACUAGAUGGUCAGAGCUUUAUUUUGUAUUAGUGAUGCAACUUUUCAUGGCUGAGUGCUUUCCAGUACUCUCUGUACCAAUUAGACAAGACUGGAUUCCAGCGUAUGAAGAAGUCAAGAUUUACAGUGCUAAGAGGCCUGUCUUGACUGCACAAGGAAAGGAGACUAGCAGUAGGUGUGGGAUAUUGUGGGUAACUUAUUAAAUUCUGGUAAUAGAACUGAAAGUCUUUCCCCAAACCCAUAUCCUUUUACAGGAGAACACAGAAGACAUAGGUAAUAGAAAUUGUGAUGGGCUUGAAUCAUUGCCUCUGGGUGAGAGUGAGAGGAUCCAUUUUGUUUUAUCUACUUUCCAACUUGAUAUCCAGGACUGUAAAGAGGCUGUGGAGUUGAUUUAUUUUUAAAAAGCUUGCUUGCAUACAUGUAUUUUUUUACAUCAGGAAUGUCCUCUGAUCCUGGAGGAGGCCUUAAAUAACAGUUAUAAGCACUCCCUUUUGGUAGCCCUUAGAGGCUGGGAGACUGCUGAAGUUUCACAGCUUUUCUUCACUGUGUUUCUCAGGUAUGGGAGUAAGCCCUACAGUUCCAUCAACUGUAGUCUGCCAGCCAGACUUCAGGGACACUUGAACUCUGUGUGUCUAAUAUUUGGUAGCUGUGUUACAGCUCAAUGUUGUAAUAGCUUAAAUCAAUCAAAUAAAGUACUUUAUUAAUUUUCA